AUGGUCGGCAUCGAGUACAAAAUCGAUUACUUGGUGAGCCCCGGACUGGCCAAGCAGGUCUAUGACGUCAGGCUGUACCUGUUCUUCUCAUCAGAGCUGGAUGCUGCCGAAGUCUCCUUCUUCAGAUCCCUGUAUGGGGCAGCGCAUGUCCGGGAUUUGGCAAUUGAGGAUGGAGCCGACUCCAGCAUUGGGGCUUUGGCAGCAAGCUUCCAGGCGGUCAAGGGAAAGCUCGCAACAGGGCAGGACAUAGACAGCGAUGCUACACAUCUAGUGUACCUGCUGCAGCUGUAUGCUUGCACCUUCAGGCGAGCAAUCCGCAGGACAGCCAAGGACAUCCUGCAAAGGCUGGUGGGCUCUGGAGAGGGCCUGCCCUCACAGCCUGCCGAGUGCAGAGCGGCAGCGGCCAUCUGUGAGCUGCUUGAUGCUAGCGAGGCAGCCAUUCAUACCCUUAAGAAGGUGUGUGGGGAGUGCGAGGAUGCAAAGAUGCCGGAUUGGCUGAGGGAGGCGUGGCAUCUGGUGGAGGAGGUUGUGCUGCUGGAGGAGCACAUCUCCCUGCUCAAGCUGGCAGUCAAGCUGGACGCCGUCUACCAGCCUCAACCUGAACCACAACUUGAGCACCCAUCACAGGGUGGCCUCCCGGAAAUUGAGGAGUACCAGAAUUGCUCAGACUUUGGCGAGAGACGGAGGCUCUGCGAAGCACUCCGGGCACAGGCGCUUGAGUGCCUUGCACACUGCUCGAGUUGUGCAGGACUGGAUGGGCCAGCCACUGCCCCGUCAGCCAGCAAUGCACAGCAGCCAUCAGCACUGCGCCAGCCAAGCUCUGUGCCAGCAGCACAGGAGCCCAGCAGCUUUGACAUUGAGCAGGGGGCUCCUGUCUCCUCAGGCAGUGGGCAGCCGGAUGAGUCAACCGCCGAGCACAGCGAGUGGCAGCUGUCGGCAGAGAGCAGGAGCAGCAGUGCGCGAGGGGCCAGCACCCUGGUCUUCGUCAACCCCAGAGCGCUCUUCAAAGCCCUGAAUAAGUACAGCAUGGCGGUGACUGAUCGAUUCACCGGCACAGCGCAGCACACCCACAGCAGUGACAGCCCUCAUUGCAUGCCGGGUUCUGCGCAGCGAUCAAUAGAGCAGGAUGGAGGUUCUCAGGAAGAGGGAGGGAACGCGCAGCAGAUGCGCAGGAGCACGCAGCUGCUGGCCUCUGCUCGGUGCCUGCUGCUGCAGCAGGUGCAGGCGCUUGAGGCGCUGGCGACGGAGCACGGCUACACUGAGAGCCUGCUGCAUAGCGACAGCCUCACAGAGAACGAAGAGGUGAAGGUGCUGAAGCGGCAUGCACAGCUGGCGAUAACGCUGGCGCCGCGCAUGCUGAGGCGUUCCAUGCUGGUGGAUGACAUUGUGGGCAUGACCAUCGCGGGCCUGGCCAUGGCAUUCGCGCUGCUGACCAUGUACUGGGCCUUCCGCUCCAGCGCCCAGUUCGGCAUCCUCUACAUUGCCAUCUAUAUCAUCGGCUACAUGUUCAAGGACCGCAUAAAGGAGUGGGGCAAGCGGUACCUGCAACCCAUUGCAGAGUGGUUUGGCAUCGAGUUUCCCGACAGAGUUCAGAAGUUCAGGGACUACUUUGGGAAGGCAGUCGGGUCUUGCAGUGAGAGGGUGCGCAUCAAAGAUGGCUUGGAUGUCCCUGCGCGUGUGCUGCGCCUGCGAUAUGCCGGCCACAAAUCGGGGCCUCCCAGCAAGGGGCACAUGGUGAAGCCGGAGCGGGUGCUGAUCUACACCAAGAAGAUGGAGGUGCGCUGGAGGGCUCUGGAGGAGGGCCUGCAGGGAUGCUCCUGGGCCGGCAGAGCGAUGCAGCCGCCACACGAGACCCACUACGCGCUGGCCAGGGACGGCUGCGGCCGGCUGGGGGUCAAUGAAGCGCAGACUGCGCGCGUGUACCAUGGGCCGAACCCUGAGAAGGCGAUGCAGCUGGAGAAGAUGCGAAUUGUGAUGGACCGCAGCGGCAUCAAGCGCCUGGAGCCAUGCGGCGACGAUGCCCUCCUGGCAAAGACCAAGCGCUUGCCCGCGCCCUUUGCCCACCGCGGCCAUCGCCGCUAG